AAUGGCGGAGGAGCAUAUCCAACAUGAGACGGUAUCGUAAACUCCAUCGCUUGCUCCGAAAUUUCGACCAUGUUAAAGUGAAAGUGCGCCCUCACUUAAAAAAUAAAGAAUGCUAUGAAGUUACUCAACACAGGAAAGAAGUAGCCUUUGUGGUGGAGGGAUUACGAGUUAUUUCAAGCUCUAACAAGUUCAAUGUGGAGAACACCUUCACGAACGACGUUUCUUUGAAAGAAUUUCGGGAUCGCUUCGAAAAAGCUAAAAUUCCAGUGGUGGUAAGUGAACGUCAUGAUAAUCUUACUUUGGUGCGACUGUGCAGCUUCUUCAAGCUAUUUAAAGAUAGAUACUUUGAGUGUGGGGAAGAUAGCGAUGGUUAUUCAAUCGAGAUCAAAUUGAAAGAUUUUUUGAUCUACACGAGACGAUGCAAAGACCGAUUUCCGUUAUACAUUUUUGAUGCUUGGAUACCCCACUGGAAAGGUGCAGCAAGGAAACAAACUGUAGUCAAAAAGUUGUUUCAGACACCCAGGUUUUUCAAACAGGAUUAUUUGGCGUGCCUGAGGAAAGAAGAACGCCCGCCGUGGAAGUGGUUGUUGAUUGGUCCGAAGUAUUCUGGAACGGCAGUUCAUGUUGACCCCCUUGGGACGAGUGCGUGGAACAGACUGUUGUUUGGAGAAAAACUUUGGCUUCUUUUUCCACCAGAAACACCAGCUGAAAUGCUUAAAUGGAAUCAAAAUGAUUCAUGCUGGGAAGAGGCUAGUGAUUGGUUCAUAAAUAUCUACCCCAAAACACAGUGUAACUCCUGGCCCCAGGAAUACAAACCAUUGGUUACAUUUCAGUAUCCUGGUGAUGUUAUUUAUGUCCCUGCUGGAUGGUGGCAUGUUGUGCUUAAUUUAAAAACUAGCAUAGCAGUGACCCAGAAUUUUGUUAGUAAGGAAAAUUUUACCUUGGCAUGGGAACUGACCUCCAAGGAAAAGCCAGAUCUGGCAUUAAUUUGGUCUAAAGCUCUUAUGAAGAAUACCAAUGCAGGCAUUAAACCAUUUCAAUUGAGUUCUGAUUUGAUUCAAUUGUAGUUAAUGUCAUAUUACAGGAAAAGUUGUUUUGACAUGUUUGGGAGUGUACUGCUCUUGAGACGUUUUUUUGUUUUUCACAUUUAUGGAAUCUGAUAGUCCCUUAAGCUUGUUAUUUCCCUCCAAAUCCUAUUUUGCUGAAAUGUACUUGCUGCAAGGUUACUCAAAAUGGAGUGAGGACUAUUAUCAACAGAAUUGUGAUGGUUUUUAUAUCCAUUACAUGAAUAUAAAAUUUCGUUUGAGGCCCAUGAAGUUUCUUGUGUUCAAGUCUCAUUUAUUAAUUUAUUACAUAAAUUUCUUUUUGCUUUUUUGUUUGUUGCCCCUAAACAGAUUCUUUGAUGUCAGCUUGAGAAUCUGAGUGCCCUUAAUUCUUGAAAAGUGUGACACGUACUCCCAAGGUGUGAAAGCUGACUGGUGUACAUUUAACUGGACUAAAUACCUCUUGGAAACAGACAAGAUUAAAGAUAAGUUGGAGAGUGUGUUGCAGACUAACUUCCUUACAAGCACCCAAAGCUUAAUUUUUUUUGUAAAUGAUUUGUUUCAACUAACCUGAUGCCAUUUAAGUUAAGCACUUUCUCAGAACAGGAGGAGAUAAUUAAUUUAAAACAAAAAAGAAACUUUCAAAAUGGUUUGUUCCAAUGCAGAUGAUGAAAAUAGAGAUGAAAAUAAUGCAAAAAAAACGUUGCAAACCAGUAUAAGGAAAAACCUAAUAGAGUCCUAAUUUCCAGAACAGAAGCCAAAAUUUUUCAAAAGCAAUGUCUUGUUUACCUGGUAUGACGUGCCUCACUAACAUUGUUUCAGGUUAGAAUUGUUUUAGGUUUCAUGAUGAACCUGUCUUGCCCAUCCUAGGAGCAGAGGAUAGAUCCAUAGCCUCUUACACUGUUUACGAAGAAUGCAGAGUCCAUGAUGUUCAAUAUACAUCACCCUGUUCCAAGAAAGCUUGUUCCAAGAAAACUAAAGCUGUGAUGAGUUUUCUUUUUUUUUUUAAAUUUUGUCAUGUUAGUUACCAACCAACACAAGUUACUCCAGAAAAUAAAAUAAUUCUUUGUAAUACCAGUUUACAUAUUUAGCUAAUUAAAGAAUACUUUCAAGAAGA